AUGGAAGAGGGAAUAGAAUCGAAAUCCUUCUCCCGCACAUCCUCCUCCAGUGGAUUCGAGGAAUGGGUAGCGUCAAUGAGGAAGCGCACCGGGAGGAUGUCCUCAUUAUCCCAGUCGCCACAACCGAAGUCGGGCAUUUUGGCUAUCGAAUCCUCAAUCAGUCCAGAUGUGCUAGAAAUCGUAGACUCUGGUAGCGAUGUAAUCGACUCCGGCCCAUGUGAUUAUUUGCCAAAAACAAGCCUCUGGGAAAGGCUUGGGAGUGUUUCUAUGAUGGACAUAGAGUCAAGUAACUUCUGUUGGACCUCUCUUUCUUCAUUGCACCAUACGAAACAUACUACUGCAAGUUCGGAACCCACCGAGGAUGAUAUUAACAGAAGUUUUGAGGUGACUGUAAAUUCUGGAGGAGUUGUAUUCAUUGCAUUAUUCAAAACAUCUAAAAAUGGUGAAGUUCCUUCCAAGGAAGCUGCAGCAGUCAUUAAAAUAGCACCAUCAAGGAUGGCCACACAGUCAGAACGGUUUGGAUAUGAACUGGCUAAAUGGCUUGGCGUAAGGACCCCUCAAGGCAGAGUGAUUCAUAGCUCCUCAUGUGAAUGGCAACAAAUAAAGGAUGCAGUAGAGAAUGCUCGACAUGAAGCAAUAGCUGUUGGUGAUGAACUUCAGGAGAUGAUUUGCACUGAGAUGCUAGAAGCUCUCGAACUAAGCCGAUGUCUAUUCCUGAUGAAUUAUGUACAUGGAUCCCCUCUACUAGAGAGCACAACACCAUUUGAUUCCCCGGAGUUUGCUGAAAAAACUGCCGAAGCUUUAGGUAGGAUCUUGAUCCUGGACCUCAUUCUGAGAAAUGAGGACAGGCUGCGGUGUCGGCCCCUUGGUUGGCGUGGAAACUAUGCAAAUUUACUUGUUGCCUACAAAGAAGCUUAUGCAAACCUUGAUUCAUUGGAUGAUAUUCAUGAUUCUGCCAUCAUCCGCUACAAGCCAGAGAUAAUCAAAAGCCCUAAAAAACAGAAGCAGAGAAGAUCCGUUUCAAUAAGCGGCAGUGUAGGCUCGGAUAUCUCAGAGCUUUUGGAAGACUCUUAUGAUCAAAUUGAGCCUGAGAUUUCUAGCUUUCAUAUUGUAGCCAUUGAUUCGGGUGUACCACGAAGACCACCCGCCAGUAAACGAACGAAAGAUCAAGAGAGCUAUCCAAGACUGGUGGAACUAACACUAAAUAACCUGGACUAUUCUUCGAACCUCUUAUUUGAGGUGUCCAUUGGAAAACUUGGUACCCCUGGACCCGAAGAAUAUGACAUGUCAUCCGAUUAUAGCUAUCAUUCUCCUCUGUCUGAGAGUGAUAUGGUAGCAAUAGUUAAUUCCUUCCGAGGAGGUUUUCGUAGUGCUCUGAGGGACCUUCAACGGUUCCACAUUUUCCUGCUCACACUUUAUCAGAAGCUAGAUGCUCUAUUGAAAAUUUUCUUUAAUCUUAUGUAUAAAGGUUCAAAUGAAUCUGACAAGGAAGAUGCAGGUCAUUCUGAUUCACCAUUGUGUCGUGUAGAGGCACAUACAGAUCUGAGUGAUUCCGAAGUUCCACGACAUAUGCGUAGGCCUUCCCGUACCUUAUCCCGUGAUAGUUUUGACAUGUCAUCUCCUAUUUGUCGAGAGAGCUUUAUGAUGAAGAAUUGGAAAGCAAAUGGCGAUGCAUCCCGUGGUCUACGAUUGACGAUGAAGCUCAGGGAAUUUAACAAGUAUGCCAAGGUAGACAGUGAAUUAAACAAAGAAAUAGAACAAUGGAAUGACAUGCUCAGGACUGAUGUUGUAAAAUUGUGUCAUGACAACAAUUUUAACACAGGCUUCUUUGAAGGGAUAGAUAAUAGUGUUGCCGUUGAUGCUUAUGAGUUGAAGGUCCGUCUUGAGCACCUUCUUGAGAGGAUAUCACUGAUUUCUGAUGCUGCAAGUACAGAACGUCCUUCUCAGAUCACAUAUCACAUGUAUAUUGGUGGUGCUCUAGCUGCUCGGUCGACAUACACACUUCGACACCUUGGCAUCACCCAUGUAUUGUGCUUGUGUGCGAAUGAAAUUGGACAGUCGGAAUCUCAGAAGCCUUGCCUUUUUGACUAUCGAAACUUCUCAAUAAAUGAUGAUGAAAAUGCGGAAAUCACCGAUGUCUUCCAAGAUGCAUGUGAUUUCAUUGAUUUUGUUGAGCACCUACGCGGCAAAGUUCUAGUGCAUUGUUUUGAAGGAAAAAGUCGAAGUGCAACUGUUGUUCUUGCUUACCUGAUGCUUAGAAAAAAUUGUACUCUUCUAGAAGCAUGGAACAUGCUGAAGAAGGUGCACCGACGUGCGCACCCCAAUGACGGAUUUGCUAAAGUCUUGCUGGAUCUUGAAAAGAAGCUGCACGGUAGAACCUCCAUGGAGUGGCAGCACAAGAGGCCUGCAAUGAAAGUAUGCCCCAUUUGUGGUAAGAAUGCUGGCCUCAGCAGUAGCUCACUCAAGCUACACCUACAGAAGGUGCACCGAAAGAUAUCGUCGGGAAGCGUAGACUCAGCAAUGACCUUGGAGAUACAAAAGGCGAUAGAGGCAUUGAAGACAGGGUGA